AUGUAUGACAGCGAAGAUGACUUGGACAUGGCUAAGGACAACUUCUCAAAACUGGAGGAAAAUGAAUCUGGAGGAUCAGAGGAUGAACAGCAAAUGAGUAGUGACGAAGAGCAUUCUGAAUCAAUGAAUGAUGAAAUUGGAAGCCUGGAUGAGGACCACAACAGUGAAGAAUCAAAUGCUGAAGUGGAUGAAAAUAAUGGAGAAGAGGAAGACGAGGAAGAUGAGUUAAUGGCAUCAGAACCAGAGAAUGAGAAGGAAAAUACUGAUGAUCAGGCGAUGGAAGAAAACACUCAGACGACAUCAACAAGCAAAUAUUUACCGCCUCAUCUUCGAAACAUGGGGGAUGAUAAACGUAAAGCUGAACUAGAAAAAUUAAAGAGGAAUGUAAAAGGACUUCUCAACAGGUUGAGUGAGCCUAACAUGGCAUCCAUCAGCGGUCAACUAGAGGAGAUGUACAUGAAUUGCAGCCGAAAAGAUAUGAAUGAUACAUUGACAGAAGUGUUAUUAGCAGCGUGCGUUACUCCCUCUCUAAUGCCAGACCGGCUGUUGAUGGAGCAUGUCCUGCUUCUGAGUGUCUUGCAUCAUGCUGUUGGCCUGGAGGUUGGGGCACAUUUUCUUGAAAUCGUUGUCAGAAACUUUGAUGAGAUUUAUAAAAGCCCUUCUGAAGGAAAGGAGUGUGACAACCUGAUUGCCAUCAUUGCUCAUCUGUAUAACUUCCAGGUGGUGCACUCUCUCCUGAUCGUCGACAUCCUCAAACUCUUUGUUGAUAAUUUCACUGAGAAAGACAUUGAGCUCGUGUUGUUUCUUUUGAGAAACGUUGGCUUUGCAUUGAGAAAAGAUGAUGCGCUUGCUUUGAAAGAUCUCAUUUCUGAGGCCCAACGUAAGGCGACUGAUGUGGGGGCACAGUUUAAGGAUCAAACAAGGGUGCGUUUCAUGUUGGAAACUAUGAUGGCCUUAAAAAACAAUGACAUGAGAAAAAUUCCUGGCUAUGACCCGGAGCCUGUGGAGCGACUCAGGAAGUUGCAAAAGACUCUGACCAGCCGAAGUACAAGUGGCAGUGACAUGAAGCUGCGUGUGUCUCUGGACGGCCUCCUCAGAGCAGAGCAGGUCGGCCGCUGGUGGAUUGUUGGCUCGUCUUGGAGCGGAGCUCCUAUGAUCUCCAAAGAUGGGACCACAGCAGCAAAAGAGACCACUGUUGGACAAUUCAGUGCCAAAGUGUUGGACUUGGCCAGGAAACAGAGGAUGAAUACUGAGGUCAGGAGAAAUAUCUUCUGUGUGUUAAUGACCAGUGAAGAUUACCUGGAUGCAUUUGACAAACUCCUGAGAAUGGGUUUGAAGGACAAACAGGAAAGAGAAAUUGUCCAUGUCCUCAUGGACUGCUGUUUGCAAGAGAAAACAUUUAAUGCAUUCUACGCUGUGCUGGGAGAAAAAUUUUGCAACCAUGACCGCCGCUUUCAGAUGACAUUCCAGUUCAACGUAUGGGACAAAUUCAGGGAACUAGAAAACCUACCCAGCAGCACAUUUAACAAUCUUGUACAGCUCAUUACCAUCUUCCUACAGAAGAAGUGUCUACCUCUUUCUAUACUCAAAGUUAUUGAAUUUGGAGAACUAGACAAACCCAAGGUGCGUUUUCUGCGUCAAAUGCUGACGAAGCUUUUCAAGGAGACUGAUCCUGAGGACUUGAUUUGUAUUUUUGGAAAGAUUUCAGGAGUCCCCAAGUUAGGAAUGCUGCGGGAGGGCUUGAAGCUUUUCAUCAGCCACUUUGUAUUGAAGAAUGCACAGUCGCCACCAGAGCUAUGGAGGCCAAAGAGGCCAAGCUCAAACUGUAAAACCUGUGUUCUCACCUUGCAGAGGUUGAAGAUCACUUCCAUGAGCUGUAACAAAUGUCAUACAAAGUUUCAUUUUAGAAAACUGUUUGUCAUCUGGCCUCUGCAGUCGUGA